AUGGACGCUGACGAUUCUUAUUCAUUAUUAGAGAUGCUUUCUGGAUUCUCUGACAGCGAGAUGGUGAAGGAAGUCACCCUGAAGUUGGACUACCAGCCUCUUGCAUUAGCAAGCGCUGCAACUUAUGUCAAACAGGUUCGGCAAAACAAGGCAACUUCAAACUUCAGGUGGGUCGACUACUUAAAGAAGAUACAAAAAGGACAGCGGAGCAGCACUGAAAAAUUUCUGUCGCAAAGCAACCUAUGUUACCCAAAGUCCAUGACCGCAGCAACAACACUUGCUGUUAAAAAUGCGCUGAUGUCUGACGAAAUUGUCGGUCACACGUUCGCUUUGCUUUCUCUGUGUUCAGCAGAUCCCUUAAGCUUAGACAUCGUGUUCAAUUACAUUUCCAGAGUGGAUGAACAAGCCGCGGACAAAGAAUUCAUUUGCGUAAAUCUCAAAAGGUGUUCACUGGUUGUAUUUGAAGAGGACGAAAGUGGCGCUUUUCUUCGUGUUCAUCAGGUUGUGCAUGAUACUAUCAAAACCGUAAUGAAAGAUCACCAAGAACCGCAAGGGUCAAGUCAAAUAAUCAAUACAGCAGCGGCAUCAUUUAGCCAGUUUAUAACUGCUAUUCCAGAACACAGUAAAUCGUACUCAGACACCAUACACUUGAUCCCACAUUUAAAGGCCUUAAUUAUAGUUAUUGAAUCUCUGUUCCGAAAAAAACACAACUCACGACAACAAGGGGACACUAAGGCCAGACAACAUUAAUUCGGAUUAUUUAAUUGAACUUGGCGAGAUUUGUACUGAACAUUGUGAAUUUCACAUAUCAAGGAAGUACCAUGAAUAUGCAUUAACCACCAAAUUAACUAUCCUUGGCCCUGACGAUACUGAAGUUGCAAUUAGUCACCGUUACCUAGGAUAUAUACACCAGAGCUUAAGUCACCUUAACAGUGAAAAAGAGCAUGAAGAUCGCGCUCUCGAAAUAUACCUCAAAAAGUUCGGUCCUGACCAUGUUGGUACUGCAAACGUCUACGGUCACUUGGCAUCAGUUCAUCAAGACUUAGGUGACCUUGAGGGCGCGAAGGAAUAUCAUGAGCGUGCUCUUGCUAUUGACCUAAAGAGGCUCGGUCUUGACCAUGCCGACGCUGCAGCUAGUUACAAUCACUUGGCUUGUAUUCACCGCGAUUUAGGUGACCUUGAGCGCUCAAAGGAAUAUCAUGAGCGUGCUCUUGCUAUUAACCUAAAGAGGUUCGGUCCUGACCAUGCCAACGUUGCGAGUUGUUAUCAUCAAUUGGGAUGUACUCACCACGAUUUAGUUGACCUUAAGGGCGCGAAGGAAUAUCAUGAGCGUGCGCUUCGUAUUCUCCUAGAGAGGGUCGGUCCUGACCAUGCCAACUUUGCGAAUUGUUACCAUCACUUGGGUCGUAUCCACUACGAUUUAGCUGACCUUAAGCUCGCGAAGGAAUAUUAUGAGCGUGCUCUUGCUAUUGACCUAAAGACGCUCGGUUCUGAAUAUGCCAACGUUGCGAGUUGUUAUCAUCAAUUGGGAUGUACUCACCACGAUUUAGGUGACCUUAAGGGCGCGAAGGAAUAUCAUGAGAGUGCGCUUGGUAUUCGCCUAGAGAGGCUCGGUCCUAACCAUGCCAACGUUGCGAGUUGUUAUCAUCAAUUGGGUCGUAUUCACCAUGAUUUAGGUGACCCUGAGCGCGCGAAGGAAUAUCAUGAGCGUGCUCUUGCUAUUGACCUAAAGAGGCUCGGUCCUGACAACGUGGAUGUUGCAGUUAGUUACUGUCACUUGGCUUGUAUUCACCGCGAUUUAGGUGACCUUGAGCGCGCGAAGGAAUAUCAUGAGCGUGCUCUUGCUAUUGACCUAAAGACGCUCGGUCCUGACCAUGCCAACGUUGGGAGUUGUUAUCAUCAAUUGGGAUAUACUCAUCACGAUUUAGGUGACCUUGAGCGCGCGAAGGAAUAUCAUGAGCGUGCUCUUACUAUUCGCCUAAAGAGGCUCGGU